AUGGGUACAAACUAUAAAUACUCUAUUGGCUUCAUCUACAAGCAGUCACCUUUUCUUUACUACGAGAACAAAGACACAGAAUCCAAGUUUCAAUCCGAAAUUUUCAAGUAUUCUUGAACUUCUUUGAAGUUUUUUUUUUCAUUUAUUGGCAGCUUAAUGUCUUUUCUUUAUCUCUGUGCUAUGAAAGAGUGCUUAAUUUGUGUUACUUUAUUUUUUGUUACGAGUGGGCUUUUAUGAUAUGGCAGGAACUAUAAAAUCAUUUUAUCAAGACUGGCUGGAUUAAUUAUUGGGCUUGUUAUUGAAAUCUCGCUUACUUCUAAAAAUGCGUGCAUGCUAGGGUACUUUGUAGACUGAGUCAUUCGUAAUUUAUAUCUAGAUUAUUACACAUAUAAAACGUGAAUAAGCUAUAUAUGGUUCUAUUUAUUAUUUUUGGCUGCACAAAUAAUCCAUGGAAUUGAGCUUAAAAUUUUGCAAAGCAUAAUAGCAGGGCUGGUUUUGACGUUAGUUAUGUCAUUAUUAGAAAAGGAUAGAAGAGACUUGUGGCUGCUUCUGGACAUUUAUAGAGCUAAAUCGAUAUUUCAAAGUUUUAUUAUUGAUGAUAAUAGCAAUUCCAUCAUGAUUAUUGGUGAGGACGGGAAAAUUAUUAUGACAAACGACGCAGCCAUCGCUUUUGCUGACAAAAAAGGGGUUUCUUGUGUACUAAAAGCUCAUAUCACAGAAUUCUUUAGUACCCCCACCAAAGAAACAAUCAAUAAAUUAUUAAAAAAUGCACUAGAAGGAUCCUAUAUAGAGGAAGAGCUAAUUUUGGAUUCUACCCCAUUUUUGAUAAAAGCCAAGCUUGUAAAUUUUAACCACAGGCCUGCCGUUCAUUUUACACUGUCAGACAUAAGUAACCAAAUAUCAAGGCGGAAUUUUAUAACUGAUAUUAGCAAUGCCCAUAAAUAAAAUGGCAUUUGGCUCGAGAAAAAUUAGCUCUGCUAAUUUUCUCUCCCUCAUGGAAUUUUAUUUAUGGGUUGGGUUUUCUCUCGAGAACUUCUGCACAGCAAUAGCUGUUUAACUUUGGGGAUAACCAAAGGAACAGCUCCUCAGUGCGUUCAAGAUCUCGGAGUUUUACCCCUUAGCACUUCUCCACGGGAAGAAGAUCCUCAGGCGGAACACGCGCAGGAGCUGAGUCAAGGCAGAGCGACGGCAACGCGCCGGAUGAGAUGUGCAGCGGCUAGGGGUGAAGCGUUGAUAGAAGGCUUGGCGGGUUGGGCUGACCACCGUGAUCCAAGAUGGCUCUGUGACGUCACUAGUUAGCUAAAAGUUCCAUUUUGGGACUGCGGGACUAGACACCUUAAAUACCGAAUAAUUAAGUUUAAGUUUAAGAUAUUAACAAUGCCCAAGAGCUUAAAGUUGCUGAGGUAGAAAAAAGGCUGACAGAAUGCUUUAUUCAUAAGAGUACAAUAACAGAGAAUGAUUUUGCAGGAUUUGCCCAAUGCAUAUCUCACCAUCAGAUGACCAAAGCAAUUUUACAAUGCUUGAUUGGAGAUGUGAAUAUGAAAAAUGACGUGUUUAACGCUGAAGUGGAGGCAGGGAAUAUUAUACAGUGGUUAUGAUAUGAAGGGAAAAAUAAAAAAUUAAAUAUCACGCUGAGCCAGCACCCUGAUUUAAGCAGCCCAAUUUUUUGUGACAGGCGGUUUCACAAUAAUUUAUUCAAAGGGGUCAUUCAUUUUAUCAUCCUCAAAGCUGACUGGAAAUCUGAUAUAGCAAUUUACCUUGGAAAAAUAGUAAAAAUUAUAUAGACUCAUGAAAAUGAGACUUAUAUUACUUAUAGCUUUACUUUUGAUUCACAGACGUUGGAUGCUGAUGAGUUUAGCUAUUUGUUUAACAAUGACCCAAGCAAAAUCAAACAAAUAGAAGAUUUGCAUGAAAUUCUGAAAAAAUAUAAAGGAUUUGUGGUAAGCAGUAUAUAUUUUUUAAUAAAAAAAAAUAUGAAUUUUAUAGAGGAAAUUUGGUAUAAAUACAAUAGAAUUGGCAAUGUUUGAUAUAAUGCUGACUAUUCUUGGAGGACAAAUUAUAAACCAAGGCCCACAGCGCCCUUCAAGAUUUAACUUAGUUUACAGCUUAAAGUUACAGUCGUAUAAUGAACAGACCGUUAUGGAUAUUCAGCAAAUAAAAUUAUAUGAAAAUUCUGCUGAUAUUGACUCUUCAACUAUCACGUGGCGUUGGAGUCAAGAAAAAACAGGAAUUAUUAGAAUAAAUAGAGACCCUGACCAGGAGCAAGCUGAAAAAGAAGCCAAAGAAGCAUCCCAAACCAACCUUCUCACAACUUCUUAUUUUCCUGACCAUUCGCCUAAUUCACCUAACUCCCCAAAGCGAUAAGCAAAUUCUUAUAAAUAAAAUUUGCUUAUGAGGGUAAAAAUAAAUUCAAGGAUACAAAUUUUGGAGAUUUACUUUCAAAUAAUAUGCAAAUUUUGAUCUUUUCAUAUAAAAUUUACUAUUGAAAAUUUAGUGCUAAAACCCUAUGAAUAAAAAUGAAUUUGCUUAUUAAUUGAGAAGUAAGCUAGCUUCUACUAACACAGAUAACACAGAAGGCAGCGAAUACGGUGAAGAUGACGUUGACGAGAAUGUAACUAUUUAUGGGCUAUCACAAUACCUACACAAAGAAACUGAUAUCCCAGGGAAAAUCUCCCCGCUGCCUAUGAGAUCUUCUUCCUUAUUCCACAUAUCAAAUUCUUCAUUUACUUCAGAUUUUCACGUAUCUCAUAAAGGCUUCCUAUUAAUAGGCAAUAAAUUUGUAGCGAACUCACUAACUCCCCUCUAUCCUUGAUUGAUCCAAUUAUCAUUAUUUUAUUAAGAUAGGGUUUUUAAUUUUUUUUUUCAAAAUAAAAUAUUUUAUGGCUAGCCAUAAGAGAUAGAAUGUGCAAUAUAUUAAAUAAAUAUGUUAGAAAUCAUAUUUGAUUUUUUUUAAAAGUUAUUAUACGGUAUAAAUCUUUAAGAUUUAUUAUUAUCAAAAAUAGGUAGCUAUAUUUGAAGUGGGUCAGGGGAAUAAUUUUCCAGUUUUUAAGAAAUUUUUAAUAGAGUCGUUCAAUCAAGCAAAGGGAGAUUAAAGAAAAAUAUAGAAGCAAUACUAGGAAAAGACGUAGACCUUUGUGGUACACAGGAAGAGUUAGUUAGCAAAGUUAUUAGAGAAGCCAGCGAAAUGUAUUUGUGUAUAGUAGUUGUUGAUGUCCCAGCUAAUAUAGAAGUAAUUAAGAAGAUAAGGAAUAAUGAGACUGGGCAUAGGAAACCUUAUGUAAUUGCUAUAUAUUCUAAUAAUGAAGAAGGGAAUAUUCCAGGCUAUAAAGAAAUAGGGGUUGAUGAAGCGAUACCAAAAAGUUCUGGGAGAGAAAUAUUACAGUCAAUUAUAGCUAAAAUCUUAUAA